CUCAUUUUACGGUUUUUCCUGGGUUUUUCUUGGUUGUCACUCGGUUUUUCUUGGGUUUUCAACGGUUGUCCUUAGUUUUUCAAUAUGAAAAUCGAGGGAAAUGUACUCUUCGGGCUUUUUAUCAUCUCAUCCCUCGCCUAUGCUGGUUAUAUACAUCAACCGAUUUCAGUUAAUACAACCUUGAAUGCAACAGUUAACUUCACGUGUCAAGCAAGUGGUGUACAUUUGAUGAACUUUUUUGUCAAUGGCACACCAGCAAUUGAACGUUCCAUUGUGGACAAAGGUUUUUGGCUAAGUCAAAGUACAAGUAAUGGCAUUACUACGACUGUGUUAACUGUUUGCACGCAUGAGAUGAAUAACAAUACUAAUGUAUCAUGUCAAAUAGUCCCGGGUGAUAUUAAUAGCACUACUGCUACACUAAUAAUACAAGGUCUGUUAGCUAGUGUUGGUGAUUUAACAUAUACCUUUAUCAAUGGAUCUAGUGUACUAUUAUCAUGGACAGCACCUUAUACACUGGAUAAUGUACCUAUUACUGGAUAUCACAUUAAUGAUGGUUCUAUGAACUAUAUCACUAAUGAUACUUUCUUCAUAUUAUCAAGUAUUGAUCCUGACCCUUGUAAUUUGACAAAUGUAUUUGUGUCUGCUGGUAACAAAGCUGGAUUAGGUCUACCAAAUCAUAUCAGUUUUUAUUAUAAAAAAGUUCCUCCUCUAACUCCUACAGUAUCAGUAACUCCAGUAGUUAAUGAAAUGGACCAAUUGUCACUGAUUAUUACUAUUAAUGCUAGUGAAUUAUGUAUUGGAGAGUAUCCUGAUAAUAUAACAAUUGAUGUAUUGACAACUGAUGGUACAGUAGUGUACAGCAACAGUAUAUCACCAGAAAUUAAUAAUCAAUCAAUGAUUAUGACUGGACACAGUCCGCUCAUUUUACCUGAUACUCCGACUGUUUUCAUUAUUAAUGUAUCAUUGAGUAAUGAAGGAGGUGAAUUUAAUGAUGUAUCACCUUUUACUCUUGGCAUUCCUGGACCAGUUACUAAUAUUAGAUUAAUUAAUGACAGUUGCAGUGCUGUCACUAUUGCUUGGGACAGUCCUCAGUGCACAUAUAUACUCUGUGACGUGCUCUAUUACAAAUUGAGUAUUAAUGGCGCUCAGUUGUCUGUCAACAAUACUUACUUUACCUUUGAAGAUGAGAAUGUAUUCAAUCACCAUUAUAACAUCAUUGUCACUGGAGUUAAUGUGAUUGGGGAAGGAAUUGAUACCAAUGCUAUAAUUACAAAUGAAAAAGUCCCUGACCCUCCGCUAGAAGACACUACUUCACUUAAUGUAUCUAAUGAUACUAUGACUGUUCAGUACAAUAUAUCAGUUACUGUAGAACAUGUAUGUCUUGGUAGAGGUCCAAGGGAUGUUUAUGUUACUCUACAGUGUAAUGAAACUGGUUUUGUUAAUACCAGUGUUGAAUACAUUAGUGGACCAACGAAUAUAUUAGGAUCAUUUUUAUUACCUGAGAAUCAAUGGUGUAAUUUGACUAUUGUUUUUAGCAAUGAUGCUGGCAGUAGUGACCCAUUGAUACUAAAUAUAAUGGCUAUUAAUAUACUACCAAGUCCCUCUUCAACACCGAAACCAUCGGGUAAGCUACCAUGGUGGAUCUGGAUAUUUGUAGCUAUUGGUUGUGGGAUUUGUGUCAUAGCUACAGCUGCAUGUAUAUGCAUUAUAGCUGUAAUUAAAUGUAGAAAAGUUCAAAGAUCUAAAAGCCGAAGGGGUCAUAUGGCAUUCCCAGACUCUUUAAUAUCCAGCAAUCAAAAAUCAACUCGAACAUAUGAUAAAUAUGACCCACAACGACCUUUACAGGAUCCUAGUAGCAGCACUACUAUAAUUUUAGAUGCUGUUACAAGUGAUCCUCAGGUGACUGAUGCAUAUAUGGGAGGCUCUUAUCAAGAAGGAAAAGUCUUGGAGCCUGUCAAGUCACCUGAUAAAGAGGGAAAGCCUGUUUUUGAGACGCCAACUAAACCUAAAGAUAUGGGAGCAACAGUACCUAGUAUCAGCGGUAGCAUUGGCAGUAGUCAUGUAUUACAAGCACAAUUCGCAGACCAGCAGAAUCAAGAGAAGACCGACUGAGCCAGGGAGAGUAAUUCAAGUACUCACCCACUUAAAAGUAUAAAUAAAUUGUAUAAUUUUUCCAACAUUUUAACCUCACUUUGACUUUGUUGACUGAACUAUGAAUUGUUAUUAUUUUUGCUAUUCUUGAAUCACAUUAUGUAUUACUACAUUUUUAUCUCACUUUUGAAAUGUUUAAUUCUCAAUAA